AUGGUUUCUCAAACCCAGAGACCCGAUAUCGGAUUGCGUAUCGAUGUCAUAGACCAACCUGAGGAUAUCAUUCAGGCUUUCGACUGCGUAUGCGAGGCAUUUGGUCGUCAGGUGCAAGAUGGAGUCUGGAUAGCCAUGAACCCAGGAUGGGACACACCUCAGGGGAAGGCAUCUGGAGCUGAGAGGAUGGUCGCCCGCUGGCGCAACAAGACCAAUGACAAAAAUGGCCUCCCCAACACCGUAUUUCUCAAGGCUACCCUACCGUCUCCGGAAUCUGAAAGCCGUAUCAUCGUGGGCUUCAGUAUUUGGGUGCAAGCUUCCACUGUAGAGGGCCAUGGUGAUCCUCCAGUGGAAGAUCUAGUCAAUGCCCUGGACCUCAAUACGCUUUACCCCGGAAACGAGCCCGAACAACGUUACCUCUGUCAAGUUAUUUCCUCUCUGCAUAAAAGACGCAACGAGGUAAUCAAGGAGAAAGCCACUGCAACCCCACCAGCGGUGAUGAUCCUAGACCUGUGCGUCGUCGAUCCGGCGCACCAGCGCAAAGGCAUCGCACGAGAGCUUGUACAGUGGGGCAUCGAUGAAGCGCAACGACGGGGAGAUCUGGAAGCCACAACCGAAGCGUCCAGUAUGGGACGGCAUGUGUACGGACAAAUGGGAUUCCAAGCGGACGGGCCCGAGGUUGAAUACGUUGUGGACAAGGAAUUUGCUUCUCGCAGCAAACCACCUAACCUGUUUAUGCGCACUAAGGGUAGCGGGGUUUGA